GUUUUGUCCGGAGCAGGGAGAAGUUCGGCUGACACGGUCCAGUCCCUGAGUGGAAGAGGAUUGACAGCGAGGGUCUCUUUGCAGUGCGAGCAAUCCUCAGUGACAGCACAGCCGGACAAUGGGGAAGAAGAGUCGAGUGAAGACUCAGAAGUCUGGGACAGGAGCCGCAGCAGUGGUGUCCCCCAAAGAGAUGAUGAACCUGAUCUCAGAGCUCCUGCAGAAGUGCAGCAGCGCUGCUCCCUCUCCGGGUAAAGAGUGGGAGGAGUACGUUCAGAUCCGUGCUCUGGUGGAAAAGAUCCGCAAGAAGCAGAAAGGGGUCUCUGUGGUGUUCGAGGGCAGCAGGGAGGAUUAUUUUGCUGAGCUCAUGGCCUGGGCAGCAGAAUGCGGAGCGUCCUGCGAUGGCUUUGAGAUCGCCAACUUUGCAGAUGAAGGAUAUGGACUCAGAGCCACCAGAGACAUCAAGGCAGAGGAGCUGUUUCUGUGGAUUCCCAGGAAGAUGCUGAUGACCGUGGAGUCGGCUAAAAACUCUGUUCUUGGCCCUUUAUACAGCCAGGACCGGAUUCUGCAAGCUAUGGGCAACGUAACCCUCGCCCUCCACCUGCUCUGCGAGCGGGCAAACCCAGCUUCUCCCUGGCUGCCCUACAUCAAGACCUUGCCCAGUGAGUACGACACUCCUUUGCACUUCGAGGAGGAGGAAGUGCGUCACCUGCUGGCCACUCAGGCCAUUCAGGAUGUCCUGAGCCAGUACAAAAACACAGCGCGCCAGUACGCUUACUUCUACAAAGUCAUCCACACUCAUCCCAACGCCAGCAAACUGCCCCUGAAGGAUGCUUUCACCUUUGACGACUACAGGUGGGCUGUGUCAUCUGUGAUGACCCGUCAGAACCAGAUUCCUACAGAGGAUGGCAGUCGGGUCACCCUCGCCCUCAUUCCACUGUGGGACAUGUGCAACCACACCAAUGGCCUGAUUACAACUGGUUACAAUCUGGAAGAUGACAGAUGUGAAUGUGUUGCUCUACAGGACUAUAAAGAGAAUGAACAGAUCUACAUAUUCUAUGGUACGAGAUCCAACGCAGAGUUUGUCAUUCACAAUGGCUUCUUUUUUGAGGACAACGCACACGACCGGGUGAAGAUUAAAUUGGGCGUCAGUAAGAGUGAGAGGCUGUAUGCCAUGAAGGCCGAGGUUUUGGCCCGUGCUGGAAUCCCUGCGUCCAGUAUCUUUGCCCUGCACUGCAGUGAGCCGCCCAUAUCCGCCCAGCUCCUGGCAUUUCUACGGGUCUUCUGUAUGACUGAAGAGGAGCUGAAGGACUACCUGGUGGGUGACCAUGCCAUCAACAAGAUCUUCACCCUGGGUAACACGGAGUUCCCUGUCAGCUGGGAAAACGAGAUCAAGCUGUGGACGUUCCUCGAGACGAGAGCCACUCUGCUCCUCAAAACAUACAAAACAACAUCAGAGGAGGACCGCUCCAUCCUACAGAAGCCCGACCUGUCCCUGCACUCCCGCAUGGCCAUCAAACUGCGGCUAGCCGAGAAGGAGAUCCUGGAGCGGGCUGUAGCAAGCGGCCGGGCCAAGCGUCUGCACUUCCAGAAGCAGCUGGAGGAGGGUGCUCCGCUGCCUCUGUAUGAGGAGAGCGACAUCGCGCUGCUGGAGAACGCAGACGCCAAGCUACCCAUCAUCCUGCGCAAGCUGGAUGAGGAGGACGAGCACAUGGAGCCAGAACUGGACCCUUCCCGGGCCAAGACCCUGCUGGAGUCCACAGAGGCGGCGCUGCUCAACGGGCAAAGCAAGGACGUCAAUGGCAGUCAUGAAGACACCCAACAGGAGAAAAAGAACGCACCCGAAAAGGAAAAAGGCGAAUGCCAAGAAGAACCAAGUGCCCAGCGAACUGAAGAUGCCUCCAAAGAUAAAGGAGAAUAGUAAAGUCUGGAGUUUGGCACGAUCACGGCUCAUGCUACUUAUUUAUUUUUGUUUUAAGUGACUGACAGAAAUAGGAGUGAAAGCAAUCUAAACUAAAACAGCAGAUUUGUUUAUUUAUCCUUUAUGGCUUUUUUUGUUUUGUUUUAAUAUUUGCUGCAGCCUUUAGUGUUGCCAGUAGGAGCUGCGCUUUCUGAAGACGACGUCUUGUGUUUUGAGGUUUUAACCGUGCCACACUAGUUUAUGUUUCCUUUUUUUCUAAGCAGAUGGCUCAUCCUCCACAGUAGAGACCACAGUCAAAGAAGAACGUGGAGAACCAAGAACUGUAUGUGAUGUAACUCCUCAUGUUCAGGCCAUCGUUCAGAGAUGUUCUCAUUAAAAAAAGAGAUGGGAAACAAGUGUUUGCAUUCAGGACUGAGCUCGGUUCUUUCAGGACUUUACCUAGUUGGCCAGGUUGGUCAGUUCCUCACAUCUAAAGCACUCCCUGGGUGAACUCGCUUUGCUCUAACAUAGGCCAGCGUUUACUUUAAUUACUCUAGUCUAUGCCAGGAAGAUGCUCAAUAUGUUGUGUUGCUAGACAAUCUUUUUUUUUUUUUGUUUUUUUUUUUGCAUUGAUCUAUUUGGAGGAGCCUCCUGCACUGCUGAUAUUACCUGUGGAGUACUGACACUUCUGAAAGGACGUUUGCCCAAAAAUAGAUGUUGUUUUUGUUUUAUUGCACUUUGGGUAACAGUCGGAAUAUUUUCAGUCAGUGUUUUUUUUUCACCCCAGUUUCCUGUUUUGAUCAUUUGAUAUACUGUAAUUGAACCUCAAGAGGGCAGGAAGCUAUUGGUUACUUUGUGGGUACCGAGAAGUGCUGUGAAUGUAAUGUGUCAUUCAAUAGAUUUAAUGCUUAUGUUUGUGAGGACCCUCUCAGCUGCUUGGGGACACUUCGGUUUCUUUCAUUAUUAUCAAAAUAGUGUUGAAAAUGUGUUUACAUCCUAAACCAAAUCCAUUGCGGCUGCAUCUCUAAUCUCUGUGGUUAUCUUUAAGCCUUAAACAGCGUAAUUCUUGGUCUGUUUCCUGAAAAGAAAAUAUGCACUCGCGGCGUGGCCUCUUACGAGACUCCACGUCACAGUUUUGAAAAUAGGUUUUGUAACUGUUUCUGAUUCUCGUUCAUAAUAAAAACAGCUUCAUUUCUAGCACCUUUCACACCGUUCAGAUUCAGCUUGGAGAGCUUUACAGGACAGAGUUAUAGCAAACCAGAACCCUAAAGAAUAAAUUAAAUUUAAAAAAAAUUAGGUUCAAAUGAUUAAAUAGGCUUUGACCAGAAAAAAAAAGUUAUCAAAAUAUAUAUAUAUAUAUUUUUAAAUUGCAACAUGAUAAAUGUUAAAUAAAUGCCAGUUUUGAAAAGGUUUUUUAUUUCUCUUUUAAAACCGGUGAUUAUUGCAGUGUAGUUUACCAGCGCUUGAGCUUCAUGGAGAAUUCCACCAUUUUUCAACAUUUAUGAAUAAUUCAGUGGUUAACAUAAGCAUAUUCGUUCAGAGUGGUUUGAAAUUGUCUUUACAGUGGUGGUGAUAGGAACCAGGGAUCGCGAUGUCAGCAGCACACACAUAGCCAUUUUAAUUACUAUCCGAAGUUAUUAUAGGAACGUUAAAGUGGUAAAAUGCUGGUAAGCUGACACAGAAAAGUGUUUUUUUUAUUUAUUUUUUUUAAACAAUGUGUUUUAGACCGAAACCUCAACUCAGAGUUACUUUAAAACAUCUCAGCCAUGCGGAAGUGUUUAAAUUAGCAUUUCAUGUGAUAACUGUCUGUAAGGGUUCCUGUGAACCUCUGUGAACUGUUCUGACUCUCUAGAACGGUGCAUUUUCACAUCAAUCCAUACCGUUUGUUUAUGAAAGAUUGGUGGAAUUCCCCUUUACCAGUCAAUAAGGAACAUAGUCUACGAAGUAUAGAAAUGUAUGAAGGGUACAGAGCCAUUAAAAGCUAUAUUACUUGACCUUAAUGGAGAAAUUGGUCUGUUUAAUGAGGCUGGCCUGUUAUGUUAUCACAUGAUUUGUGGUCAUGGGCGUGUCUGUAGAUAGUUCAUACCCCUGUUUUUACUCAGCACUGUUAAAAACUGAAUGUAACCCAUGGUUGAAUGUUGUGGUUAAUCUUACUUGGACGAGAUAACGUUCUUGUUUUUAGGUUUUCAGGUUUGUUUAGUAAUGCAACCCCACAGGUUUGAGAGCAUAGUUGUGCUUCAUGCUUCUACUCUGGGAGACUUUCUCAAUGUUCCUGCUGCUUUGUGUAUAGUAUUUCAGAGCCUAUAGCUUUAACUGUACUCUUUCUCCAAUCCUUAAACUUUUGUUAUCAGGCCACAAACAUGUCCUUGGUGGAUCGCGCACUGCCUGUGGUGUAGGGUUCCAUCGGUGGGGCAGCGGAUUGUGCAGGAAAAAAGCCUUGUCAGAAAAAAUGUCCUCAGUGAACAGUCCAGGAUUAAAGUCCCUCACGGUUUUCACCUGAA